AUGUCCUUAGGUACCUUAUAUGCUAACUUUAGAGCUAGAUCUAUUGUUCCAAGAUCUUUAGUGAACUAUUUGAAUUUAGAUGUUAAUAUCGUCGAUCCAGCUACCAAUGAAGCACAAUUUGCUAAGGAUUUCCCAUUGAAGAAAAUCCCAGAUUUCAUUUCUCCAAAGGGUUACAAAUUAACCGAAGUUAUGGCUAUUGCCUACUAUCUAGUCAACUUAUCUGAUGAUGCCAAGAAGCAAAGCCAAUUAUUGGGUGCUACUUUGGAAGAGCAAGCUCAAAUCAUGAGAUGGCAAUCCUUGGCUAACAGUGAUCUAUUACCAAAUAUCGCUUUUGUCUUCCGGUCGUUAAAAGGUGAUAAACCAUAUGUUAAGAAAUUGGUUGACGAUGUAAACAAAAAUUUGGAUGGUUUUGUUAAUGUCUUCGAAGAAAGAUUAAAAGAUCACACUUACUUGGUCACUGAAAACAUAUCUUUAGCUGAUAUCCUAUCUGCUGCCGCUUUUGUCAGAGGUUUCGAUUAUCUUUUUGGUACUCAAUGGAGAAAGGAACAUCCUGCUAUUGUUAGAUGGUUUAAGACUGUUAUCGCUUCUGAUAUUUUAAAAAAUGAAUUCAAAGAUUUCCAAUUCAUUGAUGAACCUUUGAAAUACAAUCCUCCAAAGAAGGAAAAGAAAGAACAGCCAAAGAAGAAGGAAGAAGCUAAGCCUGCCAAAAAAGAAGAAGAAAAAAACCAAAUAACCCACCAGCUCAAGAAAAGAAACCAAAGCAUCCAUUAG